UCACACCCAAGAUUCCAACGUUGCAGCGGAACCGCCCCCCACCCCUUAAUGGCAGGACUCGCCCUAUCCCGUGAAUUAGACCAACCUCGCUGCGCUGCCUUUUCCGACUCGAGGGCACACGACCGCAGGACCGCCGCCCCGACCACCGCCCCGACCACCGCCUCGAGACAUGCAGCACUUAUGACACCAAUCCCGACCUCUGUACCACCCUCUACCUGCUUUCUGCGUCAUCGGGAGAGAGCCUCUGCAGCUGGGCAGCCCGCCCCGUUACACGAGCUCGUGCUCUGCCCUGCCCUCACCCGCGCCCUGCCUGACCUCGCUCGCGAAACCCCCCUCCUCGACCCGAUCUCGCCAUGGACCAGGCAGACGUGCCGGCGCUCCUGGCCCGCCUGGCCAGCGACGAGGAUGCCGCCCGCAAGAUGGCCGUCUUCAAGCUGCAGUCCUCCAUCAACGACCCUGCCUUCGCCGACGUCUUCAUCUCCGCCGGCGGUCUCGUCAUCCUGCGACGUCUCAUCAUGAGCACCGGCGGGAAUACCCUGGCCUAUUCGCUCCAAUCCCUGAGCAGGCUGUUGGAGGUCGACAUGGGCUGGGACAUUUUCGAGGGCCACAUGGCCACCGACCUCGUCGAGCGCAUCGUCGAGCUCAUCGUCACCAACCCCCUGGUCAACAUCUUGAGAGGCGCAAUGUCCAUACUGGUUGCCCUCGUCUCCCACUCGCAGUCGGCCCCUAGGACCAACCAUAUCGCAGCAUCUGUCAAGGGCCCCAGCACUUUCGGCUUCCGCGCUCUCAAGCCUGCCGUCGCCGUCUACCCCCAGCUUUUCGAGCAGGUCAUCUCCCAGCUCCAGUCGGCCGACCAUGCCCUGUGCGCAAACUCCUUGAUGCUGAUCAACGCACUCAUACGCGACGCCGUCUCCAAGGAAGAGCCGCGGGCCGGUACAAAUGGCGCCAGGUCCGGCGCGAACGAAGACUGGUCAAAGUUCAUAAAGAAACUGCAGGAUCUCGGCCUGAUCAAGGCCGUAUACAACCUGAUGCAGAGCUCGGCAAUGCAGGACCUUGCCCAGCCUCUGCUCGAGUUCCAAUCGCUUACCAAGGUGCUCCUCAGGCGCUGGAAGGAGGUCAAGGUCGACCUCGAGCGGCCUGAGCACCGCAGGGCCCUGAAGGGUCUGCAUCUUGCCAGCGCGCCCGACAAGUCCUUUGGUAAUGGUUCCGGCUCCACCACGCCGGUGGCCAUGGAUAAUGAGAAAGGCACCAGGAAGCACAAUCCAGAAAAGUGGCGCAGGCUCGGUUUUGAGACGGAAAGCCCAGCGCAAGAGUUCAACACCGCCGGCUUCCUGGGUAUGAUGGACCUGACCGACUACGUGCGCAAGAAUGAGGACGGGUUUCAGAAGAUGCUCUUGGAGCAGUCGACAAGGCCGCUACACGAGAGGUGUCCAGUGGCACGCUCGAGCUUGGCAGUUACGACGAUGCUUUUCGAGCACUUCGAGGUCAACAAGGCAGAUCUCGAGGAUACAAAGGCCUACCAAGCACUUGAGAAUGUCAAGAACAACGACAAGAUCUUCAGGCCCCUGUUGCUUCAGUGGUCGCGACUGCAUGCCGCAGGUCUUCAUGCUUUCUUCCGGCUGUGGAAGGCGACGGGAGCCGAGAGAGACGACUUCGACAAGGUGGCUGAGCUGGUCCGGAUUCUCAUCGAACAGGUGGUUGGCCAGGCGAGCAGGAUGAAAGACGUUGUGGAGGUUGAGGAAGAGCUUCAGGAGCAUGAUUGUGCGCGACUUCGGGAGCUGCAGAUGGAGCUUCUGGACCUGUCUUUCGACGACCAGUGGGGCCAGCAUCUCUAUCAAGUGCGCGAAGAAUUGAAACACGAAGCACUGUCAUUCGUCAAGGAACAGCGCAUCCGCUGCCUACUGCAGGGGGCUUGGUCCUCCAGACCACUGCCGCGUCGUGACCAGCCCGAAAACCAGCAGGAGGAGGGCUCGGGCAAGAAGAAGCUUUACCAGCCAAAACCGUGGAGAUUUGCGAAGCUAUCCCACAACCGACGGUACCUUCACUACGCCGACUUUGCAGAGAAGAUAGAGCCAGACCCCAGCCUUGACUCGCUCGCAGAGAAGAUCGAUCUGAGCACCAUUAGCUCGGUGGUGUCAAACGUGUCUGCCCCUAACGACGACGCUCGGAGCGUAUCUAGCGCAUCCACGCUCAAGAACCAGGCGGCAAACGCUGGCGCCGUGGGCAUCAAUGCGACACCCAAGACGACGACGAAGAUCACAAUCUACAGCUAUGUCAGGCCUGAAGAGGCGGCCAAGGGCGGCGACACCAAGGAGCAGGCUAUCCUGACACUGUUCCCCUUGAACCACUCCCUGGCGUCCGAGUGGCUGGACGGCCUGCUCAUGCUGCUCAACCAGGCGCCAAUCACGGCGGAGACCAACAAGCUGGUGACGCUGGUCAGCGAAUACGGACUGAAGAUCAGGCUUCUGAAUGUAAGGGUAGACGCCGUGUACCAGGGCCCGCCUCCUGGAGCCGGCGUGGUACCGAGCAGGGAGGGGCUAGACGACAACUACUUCUAUGAGGUCUAGUCUUGCUUCAGGCCACGGUGAUGGGAUGCUGAGGUCGCGUGUGGGUGAAUAUUUUCUUUCCUUCUUGAAGUCAUGUUUUAGUCAAUGCGUAUACCCCGAUUUAGCAGAGGAGAUGGAGAGUUUCGAUGGCUCUGAGAGCAUGCGUUGAGGUUUUGCAUAUUUCCAUAGCAGCCACCAUGGUCAUCAGCAUAGCGAUAAUAAGUCCGUUUGUUUUGGCUUUGUCUUCUUGAACAUGUAUAUUAUAUUUAUAAAACCGGAAAGUUUGAGCCUGA